AUGAAGUUUUCAAACAUCUUUACCACGUUCGCUUUAGUUUCAACUUUAACCGAUCUUACUAUCGCCGGUACGAUCAAAACCACCGCUCUUGCCAAGAGUAAAGCCACUGCUCCCACCAACAAUAAUGUCGGUAAGGGGAAAUUUGAACCUACCAAUGCCAGGAAGUUUACUGCCGCUGGGGGAAUGAUGGGUGGUAAACAAAAGACUACUUCUUCCAAGAAGGCUGCUAAGGCUACUUCUACCAAGAAGGCUACUAAGGCUACUUCUACCAAGAAUGCUGCUAAAGCUAAGACUACCAAGAAUGCUGCUGCUAAGACUACCAAGAAUGUUAAGUAUACUAAGUUGGGUGUUGUUACUUCUACCAAGUGGUCUGGUGCUGAACCUACCAAGAAGGUUGACGGGAAGAACGGUUGGGAUGGAAAGGACAACCGUGACGGGAAGAAUGGAUGGAAUGGAAAGGACAAUCUUGAUGGAAAGAACGGAUGGGAUGACAAGGGUAAAUUAGACCGUGAUGGUAAGAACAAAUGGAAUGAUAAGAGAGACAACCUUGAUGAUAAGAAGGAUCACCACCGUGAUGGGAAGUUUGAUGACAAGAAGGAUCACCACCGUGAUGGUAAGUUAGAUGACAAGAACGAUCACCACCGUGACAGAAAUGAUGGCAAAAACGAUCACCACCGUGACAGAAAUGAUGACAAGAACCACCACCGUGAUGGAAAAUUUGAUGACAAGAACAACCACCGUGAUGGAAAAUUUGAUGACAAGAACAACCACCGUGAUGGAAAAUUUGAUGACAAGAACAACCACCGUGAUGGAAAAUUUGAUGACAAGAAGGAUCACCACCGUGAUGGAAAAUUUGAUGACAAGAACGAUCACCACCGUGAUGGAAAAUUAGAUGAUAAGAAGGAUCACCACCAUGAUGGUAAGGACAGACAUGAUGACAGAAACAAGUCUGGCAAGGAUCACAAUGACGGUAAGAACAGAUCUGGCAACAAGAAUGACCCACCCCAAGACCCUCCCCAAAAUGGUAGAAACAGAUGGGAUGACCACCAUGACGGUAGAAACAAUGGCCACCAUGACGGAAGAAACGAUGGCCACCAUGACGGUAGACACAAACGUGACGACAAGAACAGAUUCGAUGACAAGAACAGAUUAGACCGUGAUGAUAAGAACAGAUGGGAUGACCGCCAUGAAGGUAAGAACAAAUUUGAUGACAAGAAGGACCAUCUUGACGGUAAGAACAGAUGGGAUAACAACCGUGACGGGAAGAACAAAUGGGAUGACAAGAACGGAUGGGAUGACAAGAACAGAUUUGAUGACAAGAACAAGCUUGAUGGUAAGAACAGAUGGGAUGACAGCAACAAAUUUGAUGACAAGAACAAGCUUGACGGUAAGAACAGAUGGGAUGACAAUAACAGAUGGGAUGGCAACGACAAAUUUGAUGACAAGAACAAGUUUUCCAAGUUAGGUGGAGGUAAGAACAAGGCUACCACUACUAAGAAGGCUGUUGCUAAGACUACUAAGAAGGCUGCUGCUAAGACUACCAAGAAGGCUGCUGCUAAGACUACCAAGAAGGCUGCUGCUGCUAAGACUACCAAGAAGGGUUCUUUCACCAAGUUAGGUACUGUGACUGAAACAACUGUCCAGAAGACUGUUGUUCCUACUUGGACUAAAAAACUUGUUACUUCUACUAAAGGAAAGCAGUUGGCCAAGAGAGGAAACCAUGAAACUCCAGAAGAAAAGCCUGUGAAGUCUACUGAAGCUCCACCACCACCUUCAGAAUCCACUGAAGCUCCACCUCCUCCACCUGAAACUACUGAAGCUCCACCUCCUCCACCUGAAACUGAAGCUCCUGCACCACCACCACCUGAAACUGAAACCCUCCCACUUCCUCCACCACCUCCACCUUUGACUGUCACAAAUAAGGAAAAGGUUACUGUUACUGACUUUACUACUAUCUGUGCAUCUGAAACUAUUGUUACUGUAACUACAUGUGAAUCUCAAGUUUGUGAACCAGUUACUAUUCCAAUUACUGAAGAGACUACUAUUAUUGUUCCUGGUGAAGUUAUUUUUGAAACUACUAUUGUCACUGCUCCAGCACCAGAAGUUGUUCCAACUGAAGCUCCUCCAGCUCCAGCACCUGCUCCAGAAGUUCCAGCUCCAGCUCCAGCACCGGCACCUGAAGUACCAGCACCAGCACCUGAAGUUCCUGCUCCAGAAGUACCAGCUCCAGCACCAGCACCUGAAGUUCCAGCCCCUGCUCCAGCACCUGAAGUUCCAGCUCCAGCACCAGCACCAGAAGUUCCGGCUCCAGCACCAGAAGCUCCUCCUGCUCCAGCACCAGAAGCUCCUCCAGCACCAGCUCCAGAAGCCCCACCAGCAGCUGCUCCAGAAGCCCCAGAAACUCCAGAAAUCCCAGUUGAAGCUGGUGCAUCUUCUCUUGGUUUAAGUUCAUUGUUGUUGGGUGUUGUUGGUUUUGGAUUGAUUUUAUAA